AUGAACCCUCCCACUACAGCAUUUGGACAUGCGAUCCAGGCAAUUCUAGAUCAACCAACAAAGAAACGACAACCGAAAUUUAUUCAAUCAUACCGCAACAACGGCAAUGUCCUUUCGGCCAGCGAUGUGAAUGAUCUAUUGGUGGGAAUGGAGAAGGAUACGAGUCAGAAAGGUAUCAAGAAGGUUCUAAGGCCGGUUUUUGAAGCUAUACGCGAUUAUGAUGCCGUUAUUACAACGUUGGUUAAUGCGUAUCCAAUGCCUUGCGCCUUGAUUUGGGGGGGCUUCAAGGCUAUGUUAGAGUGCUUUAGUAGAUACACUAUGGUUUUUGAUAGAAUCGAACAGCAACUCAAAAGUCUAACCCAACAGCUCAAACGCUUGAAGGACUAUGAGUCUCUAUUCAAAGAAUCUAUCGACAUGCAAAGUCUCCUAACUGAGACUUACAUCAAUAUCAUACAGUUCUGGGCACAGGUCGAAGAACUCUGUUCAAAUUCAGGUCUCACUCUGGCUAUAAAAUCGAUAACUUCGGUAUCACUGAAGAAAUUGAAUAACAUCGUAGAAAUAAUCACAAAUUGCACCAAUUCUAUUGUUCAGAUAGUCCCUAUAGUACAAGAGGGGAUUCGAAGAGGGGAACAUGAGCGUAUCGUUGAUGAGCACCGGAAGAAUGGGGCUGUACUAAAUGAAUGGACCCGACUUCAAAAGGAGGAGCGCGUCGAACAAAGACGAAGGACUAUAGAUUCGUGGCUGGGGGGAACCACAUUACUAAGCAACAAUUACAGACAUCAACAGAAUGGUGAAGAAACACUCCUUCCUGGCGCUGGUGAGUGGCUCAUUGAAGACUCAUCAUUUAAGGCGUGGUUAAGCCAGAAUGAUGGAUCAAACAUGAUAUGGCUCCAUGGUGCACCAGGCUCUGGUAAAUCUGUCAUAUGUUCUCGAGCAAUCAUGGAGGCAAGGGCCAGGUCUACAAAUCAGCCAGCAGCCGUUGCCUUCUACUACUACAGUUUCGACCAGGAUGACGACUCUUAUGUGGCUACAGUAUACAAGAACGUCGCAGCACAAUUAUUCCACGAGUUAGUUGGACCAGAUGAUAUCUCGGAUCUCUUGAUCAACCUUACGAAGUCCGCUGACAACGAAGGAGCACUGAGAGAAUUCAUCCAAAUAUUACUCAUGAAUUCGACACAGACAUAUAUAUUCCUUGAUGGAAUUGAUGAACAGCUUAGACACCCUAAACGCUGGGAGAAUGUGAAGAGAGCUCUUCGGUUCUUCGUGGGCCUUGCGCAACAGCCCAAUGCUCGAUUGAAGUUGUGGUGCAGUUCACAAGACAGGCAAGGCAUUAGAGAUGAGCUUCACAGCUUCCAAGAAGUAAUUGUCAACGAAAACACAAACAUCAAGGACAUUGACGCAUUCCUUGAUGUUGGCCUCAAAAAGCUACAAAGCACAUUCUCGACGCCUACAAGCCACUCCAUGGCCCCGAUUCUUGAACGGCUCAAAGGAAAAAUCCACGGGAACUUCCUUUGGGCUAGCAUGAUGCUCGAGACUAUCCGUGGCGCAGUGAGCAUAAGAGAUGUCCGACGGAUAAUCAAACAAGGCCUCCCCAAAAACUUUGAGGUUUAUCUGACGCAGCAAAUUCGUAACCUUAGAUGGUCCCCAUCCACUGUGAAGAUUCUAUCAAUCUUAACGUAUGCGAAACGACCGCUAUUCCUUGAAGAAUUGUGUGAGGCGAUAGAGGUCUCGGAUACACCAUACGGAGAAAACAUUGGAGGUGACGGACAAGUCUUCCAGAACCAAAUCACAUAUCAUUGUGCACCCUUCAUUCGCAUUGACCAAGUCAUGAGCAAGCCCCCAAAGCAGCUAUGCAGACUAUGUCAUUCAUCUGUGAAAGAAUUCCUCAUCCAAAACCCAAAAGUUCUUGGGCAUCCAGGCGACAUUAAUGUGAUAGAGAUAAGCCCGAUCAUAUUGGCAGAGUCUUGCUUAAGAUAUAUGCAACAACCAAGAUAUUCCGAACUUCUCCAAAGAAAGAGCGACUACCUUUUCACAACUUCUUGGGGCGAAGACAUACGAAACCAAAAUUUACUCCUAUACUGCGCCAAAUUUUGGGGGCGUCAUUUGGAAAUGGUGACAUUUUCUCAAGAUCUAGGUUGGGAGCUUGAGAAAUUCAUCACAUCUCGAAAUUUUCUGACAUGCAUUCAAAUUCAAAGUCUAUUUAUUGACGGUUGCUUUUCUGCCUGCAUCAAUAGUUCAUGGCAUGGCGAUAAGUGUGUUGUUAGGCUCAACGAACUUCCAGAAUGGUUUCGUACUAACUACCAUGGUGGCGAAUGUCUAUACCAGCAGUACCGUACUGCUAUGGAUGAAUGGGACAAGUUCCUAUAUUCCUGCUCCAGUAUAACUGGUCCGUUUCCGGGUGAACUAAGAAAAGGCCUUUGGGGAACCCUCGGCACAACUAACAUCUUUCACAAGCUGCCUAGUGAAUUCAAGGCAUAUACAAUUCAGGCACCAGAUGAUAGUUCUACAGCCGAAGUAACCAUACUUUAUGAAAAGGUUAUUCCCCUGUCUUCUGAGAUACUAAUUUUCAAGUCUACCCAUGCCCUAGAAAUUUAUCCUCAAUGGGACAUCAUAUGCGAACAAUGGCAAUGGAGCAAGAAUCACAAGCCAAAGUUGAAGAGGAUUCAAGAGCUUAAGAUGCCAUUGAGCAAAGACGUCCCAUCUCCGGCGGAGAUACCCUAUGAUACGUCUAUGAGAAUGCCUUUCAUAAGUCUUUCUAAUGACGGGUUGUUCCUCCGAAUUGGUCCGGAACUAUACUUUCGAAAUCGAGAAGGCAUAUUUGAAUCGAGUACCUUGAUCGUCAGUAAUGGAGCUCGCUAUAUUCAUUCAGACCAUAGAGCGAACGUUUUCGUAUUCGCCUCACACUACAGGCUUUCGGAGUUAUUUGUAGAACCAGCGCAAGAUGACGCCGACCUAUCCUCUAUGAGUAUACUUCAGGACGAUGACUCAAUCUCUUCUGAUUCGGGUAGCUUCGGUGGAAACGGAAGUAUCAAUAGCGUAUCUGUAGAUUCCGACUUUUAUGAUGACAGAUCAAGCCAAUCUCCGAUCAAUGAUUCCCUCGAAGCAUCCGUGGGGAGUUUUAGCAGGGCCUCGUCGGAUUGGGACUUCUCAGAAUCACGCUCCGUCCGUGAGUACUGGAGUGACGGAUCAUCCGAUAUGCUUUCUGACGAGAUUACGGAUGGUAUCGAUUCCGAUUAUAAUAACGAUUUCGAUUCCGACCAAGAUAUUGAUACCUAUGAAUCAUUCGAAUCACAGGGUAUAGAAGGAAACAUCAACGACGAGGUCGCAGAAAAAGAGCUUGAUCGAAUCUCGUUGGCAUCAGGGUCUACCUCAGAUAGCGUUACAAGCUCACCCCGAAUAACUAGAACCGAGAUCGAUCCUAUCGACCCCUUAUUGACCAAACAGAGAAAUAUUAUUAAGAAACUUCUACGGAUUGAUAGUCCAAAUACGGAAGCCGAAUGUAUUAGCGACGUUCAAGUAUUCCGAUCCGAAUCAGGAGGCAAAUACAUUCCAGUAUUCCACUUCUCCCAACGUUCGCGUGGAUCACUGAUUGACUCGCCUCCAAUCAUACAUCCGAGCAAAGAUUUGAUUGUCUGGCCCAAUGGCGCAGGGGAAGCCAUAUUCGGGAAUUUCAGCGACAAAACUUACUUUGCCUUAAAGCUUAAUUCGCUCUCUCAUCAUUGCCUGAUUUCCGUCCAGGGGAAAUUCUCACCUUGUGGCCAAUAUAUACACUUUGCUUCGUUCUACGGAUGCUUCUGUUCCUGGUUUGACAACAAGGGCGUAUUAAAGGAUGGAAUCGAUGGGGAAACUUAUACUGGCACUAAAAUACUCAUUACAACUCAUCGACUAUCCAGGCGUAAGCCUACUAAGAGACUACCGCGAUUGGUGUUCCGGGAAACAGUUCAGGACUUCCCGCAUAACAUAAAAUAUAAGACUCCAAAUUCAACUGCCCCUUCUCUCGGAUUCACUUUAUCAUGGACGAAGGACCACCUCUUCAUGACUAUCCAUAAUGCAGUAAAGCCUCUGCUCAACAUACUUCGCAUUCCACUAUUCCAAGCUGAUCCAAGCCAAGAGUCCGCUUAUAGAGGUAUAGGCAGGGUAUGCCGAAAUGAUGGAAUUGUCUUCCUACCAAAAUCUUCGGCUAGCCGAGACAUUUAUUACUUCCCACUCCAUGCUACCCACGAGAGUCAGUCCUCGCUGGUGUCUAAACCGAGACAGAGCAAGGAGAAGGUUGCGAUGAUAUUUCUGUCGUCUACCAGUAAGGAAAACUCGCAGAUAUGGCUCAAGAGUGCGCAAGAGGAACCAACUCGAGAGUCCAGUCCACCCCAAAUUGUAUUCCUCACUGCAUCCCAACUGGGCAAUUGGACUCCCGUCCAGGAAUCGAAAUUCUAUAACAAAAAAUAUUGGGAUAUUGCUCAAGCAACAACUUCAGAAGGUGAUGAGAUACGGGCAAAAUUCCAUGCUGCCAAGUUCUGCGAGACCUGCGGGGAGAUUUUGGUGAGAUGA